AUGGGAUCCCUGCCAUCAAAAAUAUUACAAGCUAAUGGGGUGAGAUCAUUUGGGCCCAGUUCAGGGCAUGUGAUAGCCCUGUCGCUUUCGGAAAUAGGCAUCAUGGAGCCUACAAAAACCAAGUUUGCACGAGCCAAACUGAGAUAUAUCAUUUCCUCAAGUGCUGCCCCGCCGCCCCCGGGCCCCGCCCACUCCGUACCCCCGCCCAAUCACAGGCCUCCUCCGUCCCCUAGGCCCCGCCCACACACCAGCCCCGCCCAAUCACAGGCCACGCCCAAGGCCCCGCCCCUCCUCCGUUCGCCCACCCCCAAGGCCGCGCCCCUCCUCCGCUCGCCCACCCCAAGGCCCCGCCCACCCACGGACGCUCCCCGUCCCGUAGGCCCCGCCCACCCCAAGCCCCCGCCCUAUCACAGGCCUCCUCCGUCCCUUAGACCCCGCCCACUCAGCAGCCCCGCCCAAUCACAGGUCCCGUCGCCCUCCCUCGGCCCCGCCCCUCCGCCACACGCCCAUCCUAAGGCCCCGCCCACCCCAAGCCCCCGCCCAAUCACAGAUCCCACCGCCCUUCCUCGGCCUCCUCCGCCCCCUGGGUCCCGCCCGGUCACAGGCCCCGCCGCCCUCCCCGAGGCCCCGCCCCUGCUCCGCACUCCGUCCCGUGGGCCCCGCCCACACCGCAGCCCCGCCCAAUCACAGGCCCCGCCUCCCUCCCUCGGCCCCGCCCCUCCGCCGCGGAUUGGCCCCGCCCACACAGCAGCCCCGCCCAAUCACAGACCCCGCCGCCCUCCCGCGGCCCCGCCCCUACUCCGCGGAUUGGCUCGGCGUUCCCCAGCCCCGCCUCCUCUGUCCUCGGCCCCGCCCCCCAUGGGCCCCGCCCCGCCCCUCCGACACACUCCCUCCCCUAGGCCCCUACACACACAGCAGCCCCGCCCAACCACAGAUCCCACCACCCUCGGUGGGCCCCGCCCCACUCAACACUCCGUCCCCUAG